AUGGGAGUAGUACAAACAAAUAAACAUAUCUUUCUUCAUCAGAAGAAAUAUGCAUUGAAGGUGAUUGAAAAGUUUGGAUUGAAGGAUUGCAAGUCUGUGGUAACUCCACUAGUUGUAAAUGAAAGGCUGUGCAAGGAAGAUGGUAGUGAGGCAGCAAAUGAGAGUGAAUAUGGACAGAUUGUAGGUAGUCUGCUCUAUCUGACAGCUACAAGACUAGACAUAACGUUUGCCUCUAGCUUGCUUGCUAGAUUCAUGUAUAAUCCUACUAGAAAACACAUGGGAACAGCCAAGAGGGAUAUUUUUGCUGCUGGGAGUGAGACAUCAUCUACAGUCGUAGAUUGGGCAAUAGCAGAAAUGAUAAAAAAUCCAAGAGUAAUGAACAUGGCACAGAAUGAGGUGAGGGAAGUGUUUAGAAAAGGGCAGGUAGAUGAAACAUGCAUUAGAGAGAUGAAAUAUUUAAACUUAGUUAUAAAGGAGACACUGAGGUUACCCCCCCCCGGGUCCCCUGUUACUUCCAAGGGAAUGCGGAGAGAAAUAGAUCCCAAUUACUGGAAUGAGCCUGAGAGCUUUAAUCCCGACAGGUUCCUCGAUAGCUCGAUUGACUACAAGGGUACAAAUGUUGAAUAUAUCCCAUUUGGUGCUGGAAGGAGAAUGUGCCCUGGCGUGUCAUUUGGUCUGGCCAACGUUGAGCUCCCACUUGCAUUGUUGUUAUACCAUUUUGAUUGGAAACUCCCCAAUGGGAUGAAGCAUGAGGACCUGGACAUGACUGAGGCCUUUGGCACUGCAGUCAAAAGAAAAGACGAUCUGCACUUGAUUCCCAUUCCUUAUCAUCCUCCGCCUACUGAAAAAUCCCAAGUAUAA